ACGAUAUAUAACGCGGUCUCGGCCUGGGACGUCCACAGUUCAACUCUGCACUGCUCAACCAACCCCAAGCAAACAAACAUGAACUCCAAGAUUGUAGUAUUCAUCUGCAUGUUCGGCGCAGCGUGUGCCAGCGUGUUCGCGCCGGCGCCAGUGGUGGCACGGGUCGACCCUCUGCCCCAAUACUCGUACGGCUAUGACGUUCAGGACUCCCUCACCGGUGACUACAAGGGCCACCAAGAGAACCGCAACGGAGAUCUCGUCACAGGCUCAUACUCCGUCGUCGACCCCGACGGUACCAGGAGGAUAGUCGAUUACUCCGCCGACUCCAUCAACGGUUUCAACGCUGUCGUCCGUCGCGAACCUUUAGUAGUCCCAGCUCCCAUAGUCGCCCGUGCUCCAAUAGUUGCCCCCGCCCCAGCCCCCGUCAUCGCCGCCAGACUACCAAGCCCCUACUACUUCUAGAUGAAUUAUUACAAUUUUGUUGUGUUACUGUUUGUAAAUACCUAGGCUUUUUAUAUCAAUG